AUGGCUACGCCGAUAUCAGCAGGCUCUCGGCCAGAUGGGCACACAAAUGUCGCCGAAGACCCAGCCCCAAAGCUGCGCGACAGCUGUCAGGCAUGUGCAGCUUCAAAGUUGAAAUGCUCGAAGCAGAAGCCGCGAUGUGCUCGGUGUAUUAAAAGGGGCAUCAAUUGCGAGUACUUGCCAACUCGUCGUGCAGGCCGAAAGGCUGCAAAGCGACUCGACACGGCACAGCGCAACGGACGUGUGCGAUCACCCACACCCAUGACAACAACUGUAAGGGAGGGCGUUCCAGCGCAAACUAUCACAAGCUUUUCAGAUCUACAUGGUGACGACUGCUCAGACGGCUACUCUAGCCCUGAUCUUCGAUCUGAGUCGACGGGUCUUGUCACGCCAGCUGACACGGAUUCACACAUGCCUGAGUUUCUGGUGGCUUCAACACCCUUCCAACACGCCGAUAUGUUUGAUGACAACGGGCGCAUAGGCUCAAUCGGAUCAAGUCUGUCUGAUUGGACUCUGAACUAUCCAUUUGACAACAGCCAUAUGUCACCGUCAUUAUUUGGAACUACGACCUCAACAUUCGUCACCAACCCUAUCGGCCAAUUACAUACUCCGCCGAGUUGUACAAUAGUUCCAGCCGUUCCAUGUCAGACCCCAAUGCCGAUUCUGGACCAUUCGACUUACCACAGUCCAUCACCGGAUAUUCAAUGUCGCUGCCACUCUCAAGCAUAUGAACUCAUCAAGCAGUUUUGCUUAAACUCGUGGUGCAAGUCCACUCCACCGGCCGCACAAGCCAGGCAAGAUGCCUUGAGAUCAGCGGGCUCCGUCCAGUCUACACUUGCAAAUAAUCAGCGCGCUAUAGGGUCCAUCAUUCAGAUAAUAGCCUGCUCCUGUUCGCAAGACAACGCUCUUCUUGCUAUGGCAUCAAUUGUGUUAUUCAAGAUAAUAGACCGCUACGAGCAGGUCGCAUGUGAUCCGCCGACCCUGUUGGACACGGAUGGCAAGACAAACACGAGCGAAGCGGUCAAUGAUACGCAGCAGCACGCGAUACUCGGGGCACUGCAUCGCGUUCGAUGUUUGUUGCCCGGACUAUUCCAGCGGCUUCGGAGUAUGGCAGGAUCGGAAACCAGAGACGACAUUGGAAUUCCAUGCUCCGAGUCUCCAGGGUCUAGUUCGGAGUUUCUCAUGCACGGAGCAACAAAUGGUACAAUUCCUUUCUCAGCAACCCUCUUCCGCCAAUUACAGGCCGACCUGCAUGAGCGGCUCCAAAAUGUUUUCAUUGCAGUAUCAGGGCAGUUGAGCAAAGCAUAG